AGGGGGCCACGAGGGACAUGGACAAAAUAUCUUUAUCCACAGCUCCCGCCCUACAAAGGGCUGUUGUCUCGUGUGUGAAUUACAGUGCAACUCGCUCAAGAUGACAGAUGCACACACAAGCCCUUCAAAAGGCGCGCGCGACGCGCCCAACGCAGCACCAGUGGAUGCCCAGCGUCCUCCUCCUCGCCGUACCAGCGCGCCCGUGAUCAACGAGGCGGCCAUCCGAGCGCUGCAUGGCACAACGGAAUCGCUCGCGGCGCGGCAGGGCUCGUACACGGACCCGGUGCUCGGGACGUACGAGGAGCACUCGGACUUUGCCACCGUGGAAGGCUGGCGGCAUCACCGAGAGACAGUGGACGCGCAUGGGGCGUACCACGUAGUCGACAUUGACCUCAGGCGCGACGGCAGCAUCCACGUGCACAAGGAAGACGAAAACCCGGCGACGGGACAGAGCUCGGUCAGGGACUAUGAGCACAGUGAUAACCUAGGGCGGCGGCUGUCGGACAUGGCUGGCGACGGACGUGGCACUUGAGGGACGCGGGAC